ACAUGGCAUGGACUGGAGACAGGAGAACUCAGAUAUUCUGGGAUCUGAGACAGUGCGGAGCAGCCAAUUAAAUCAGGGUCUCCAGUCAUCUCCAGCAGAACAGAUAGAGCAGGUCACAGAAGAUAUUACUCAACAAAACAAUGAAAUCUGGAACUCUAUUGCAAAGCAUCCUCAUAACGGUUUGUUUUGCUUACUUUCUUCUUAAUGUCACAAAAGCUGCGAUGUGUGGCACUCCAGAGGUCUCCAGUCGGAUAGUCGGAGGUACAGAUGCUAUUGAAGGAAGCUGGCCCUGGCAGGUCAGCAUACAAAUUCAGGGUUCCCAUAUCUGCGGGGGGUCCCUGAUCUCCAGUCGGUGGGUGUUGACGGCAGCGCACUGCUUUCAAUUUUCCAGAAAUCCUGCAGAUUACACUGUUAUCUUGGGUGCACAUAAACUGUCAAUAACCACUUCCCAUCAACUAUUAUCCAACGUUCAGAAUAUUAUCGUCAACAGUCUAUUCGCUGGCACAGGCUCUAAAGGCGACGUUGCUCUGAUCGAACUUUCAACUACCGUCACAACCACCCAGUUCAUUCAGCCUGUGUGCCUGCCACCAGCUACCAUGGACAUUACCACCAGCAAAGUUUGUUGGGUUACUGGCUGGGGUGAUACAGGCUAUGGAGUUGACCUACCGUAUCCCCAGACCCUUCAGCAAGUAAUGGUUCCACUAAUUAAAAGAAAUGUAUGUAAUGGGAUGUUCAACUCUGCGUUCCCCCAAGUCCAGACUGACCAGAUCUGUGCGGGAUUCCAGGCUGGUGGGAAGGAUGCUUGCCAGGGUGACUCCGGUGGCCCACUUGUCUGUCAAAUGAAUGGUGUCUGGUAUCAAGCUGGCAUUGUGAGUUAUGGAGAUCAGUGUGCCCUCCCAAACAAACCCGGGGUUUAUACACUUGUAUCAGCUUAUGAGAGUUGGAUCAAUUCAAACGUUGACUUUUCUGUCACAAAUGCUUCAUCCGCAAUACAGCAACCGGCAUCGGUAGUAUUCAUUCUCCUUGGUCUUCUGGUGUUCCUCCCUGUGGGAAAGACGCUUAGCCCUCUGACACCAUCAGAUCACACCAGCUUCUCCAGUUUUUACCAGAACAGCUGUAACAAGACGUUAUAUUGUGUGACAAUGGAUUAUAGGGAUUUAUUACACAUUGUCCUGCUUGUGGUCUAUACAUCAGCCCCUCUAUCGAUUGCUGUUACAGAUGAAUGCGGCAUUUCAGGAUUCUCCAGCCGGAUAGUUGGGGGUACAGAUGCAUCAGACGGAAGUUGGCCCUGGCAGAUUAGUCUACAAUAUCGGGGCAGUCAUAUCUGUGGGGGGUCCCUCAUCUCCACUCAUUCGGUCUUAACAGCAGCACACUGUUUUGACGCCCCAAUUGAUCCCUCUGAUUACACUGUUCUCCUGGGCGCGUACCAGCUGUCCGUACCCAAUUCUAAUUUAGUGACGUCCCAAGUGCAGAGUAUUGUAGUGAACAGUCAAUACACGGGCACCGGGUCUAGAGGUGACAUUGCUCUCAUUACACUCUCAAGUGCCAUCACUUACACUGAAUACAUUCGACCUGUGUGUCUACCUUCAUCUUCCAGUGACUUCCCAAAUGGCAUGGAUUGUUGGGCAACAGGAUGGGGUGACACUGAUUAUGAAGUAAGUUUAAAACCCCCAAGGACCCUUCAGCAAGUGAUGCUCCCAUUAAUUAGCAGAGAUGACUGCAAUGACAUGUAUAACAUUGGCUCACAGAGUGGCACCACCAAUUCAGUCCAGAGCGACCAGAUCUGUGCUGGGUACGCAGCUGGAGGGAAGGAUUCUUGCCAGGGUGACUCUGGGGGCCCGCUGGUCUGCCAAGUGGGCAGUGUCUGGUAUCAGGUUGGCAUUGUGAGCAAUGGGGAAAAGUGUGCCCUCCCAAACAGACCUGGAAUUUAUACCCUUGUUUCGUAUUACAAUAGUUGGAUCAUGAACUCAUGUUCCAUGCCUGUUCCACCUGUAUCAACACUUCUCCUCCUUAUCGGUGCCCUGACGUUCCUUCUGAACUGACCUGAGCUGUGUCUUGAAGGACCUCUGACAUGGCACGCAUGUUUAAAUAACACAAAACUUCCCUGCAUGACCCGAGGACCAAAAUGGAAACUGAUUUUCUGCAGUUUGUUUCCUCCAUCUGUGCUGUUUCAGUACAGCUUUGUAUGUUUUUAUUGUUUUAAUAAAGUACUUUUUAAGAGAUUUAUAGCGAAAUAUCACCAUUUACAUGACUUGCCUCCUGUAUUUAGAGAAUAUUUACUGACGGUUCCUACUUCUCAUUGGCUGCCGUGUGGAGUGUUUCCAUCCUAGCUGGGCAGACCUCACCACGUCACUUCUAUACAGAAUUG